GCGGGGCAGGAGGAGUACCUCGGCCAAGAAAAUUAUGCAUGCGUUAGGCAAGCUCUGAGAGAAUGGCUGUGGAAGCUCUCCACUGCGGUUUGAGUCCACGGGGUAUCAAUCAUCCUGCCCAUGCCGAAGGUAUUAAACUGCAAAUUGAAGGUGAAGGUGUUGAAUCUCAGUCCAUUAAAAACAAAAAUAUCCAGAAGGUGCCAGACCUAAAAGGAACCCCCAAACGACUGCACGCAGAAGCAGAGAUGGCGAAGUCUUCUACAGUGAAGCUGUCAAAACCAGUGGCUCUGUGGACCCAGCAGGAUGUCUGCAAGUGGUUGAAGAAACAUUGUCCAAAUCAGUAUCAGAUCUACAAUGAGUCAUUCAAACAGCAUGACAUAACUGGGCGAGCCCUGCUGAGACUCACCGACAAAAAGCUUGAGCGGAUGGGGAUUGCCCAGGAGAACCUCCGGCAGCACAUCCUACAACAGGUGCUCCAGCUGAAGGUGCGAGAAGAAGUCAGGAACCUACAGUUACUCACACAAGGUAUCCUGCUGCUUCCUAGUGGGUGGACGGAAGGGGAGAUGGGAGGAAAGAAAGCCUCACUGUCAUGA